CUUUUUCUGUCUUUUGGAUCUUGCGACAUUACCUGAGAGAGUUACCCGCUUAUACUGCCCCUUUGCAGUCCACCUUCCCGGAUUUUCUGCGAGCUUUUGCGUGUGGUUAUGGAAGACCUCUCUCUGGAACUGGUGGAGCGCAUCUGCGAGUACCUGCCGCGCGAGGAUUUGCAGAAUACUCUUACCGUUUCGAGGGAGUUUCGGUAUGCUUCUGAACGCGCUUGUGGUGCGUUUGCGACGUUUUGUUUGGAUCGAGAUAAUGUGGAGAAGUUUCGUGAACGGUAUGCUGGGCGGAGAUGGGGAUAUCUCAGACAUGUAAAAUUCCAGGUCCGCAUACCUGCGUACAAAGAGGAUAGCUGCGACCAUGAUAUGGAGGGUGAAGAGGAGGAUGGCAGUGAUGAUGGAGAGGGGUUUACGAUGGACGACUAUAACGAGGACGACGGGGACGAUAGCGACGGAGAGAGCGGAAAUGGUAACGCCCAAGACGAUGACGACGAUGCCAAUGAAAUGGAAAGCCAGGAAUCAGUCGAGACACACGACUGCCGCGAAUCGGCGCAGGAACUCGCAGAAAUGGAUAACACAUUCAGCAACCAAAUCCGUUUUCUCUUCGACACCAUCAAAACCGUCGAGCAGGACGUGUCGGAAGGAAGACUGCAGUUGACGAUAUACGCGCCUGUCAGAGAAGUACACACGACAUGUCCCCAUCGCAAAUGCGUGAGUUGGCGCCUGCACCUCCUCUCCGCGAGCACACUUCCUAAACUGCGCUCGGUCCGCGCAUUAAGCAUCGAGAACCCGCGCGCAGCCGAUCCUCUAACCUCGCCAGAAUCGCUGCUGCAUAUCGACCUACGCGUUCUCAUCGACCUAGCGGUACAAUGCCCGCGCCUGGAAUUCCUCGGAUGCAAACUCCACGGCGGAAGUGCAUGGACAACAGCAAUAUCCGGGGACGCCCCGCGGCAUUACCGCCGGAUAUGGGCAGGACCAUUGCGAGAUACUAGAUUAGAUUUCGCAAAGGCUGUUGCGGAAGCUGAGAUGCCGUCAACGCUACGGCAGGCUCAGCUUGAUCUCCUCGGCUCCAUGCACGACGCCGAGGAAAUCGACCAAAGCCAGCCGUUGCCGAAUCUAGCAGGAUCGCGAGCCCACGACCCAUUCAGCACGAGUCUCCGCCUCCUCUCCCACAAUCUGCGGAGACUGGAAAUCAAAGCCGUCGCGGACGCUGCACUGCUGUGGCCUACAGACGGCCGCACUACAUCCUACCCGAACCUCGAGAGCGUGACUAUCGCACUACACAUGUCCAGUCCGUCCGGACACUGGUACUUCGAGGGCCCGCACGGCAAAGGCCACAACACCAGCGUGCUCGAAGUAGAUCAAAAUGCAUACCCGCCGCUCCACGACACACCCUCCGACAAACAGUGGGACGCGUUCAUCGACGACAACGGCCUCGUCACUGAAAACGUGUCGACCGAGCGCUUCAGAGUCGAGCCAAACCCCGCCAUGCUAACGCCGUUCCUCACUUCCUUCGCGCUCGCAGCGCGGAACAUGCCCGUGCUCAAAGAAGCCUGUCUCUGGACCCCUCUUGUGUGGAAUGCAGACGAGGGAAAAUACGGGGACGCGGCGACGGUGUCGCGGUACCCGGAUAGUGACUUGGCGUGGGGUAUCACGUACGCUGCACCUGGAGCGUAUGGGCUGCAUACGUCCCCUGGCCAGCAUCAUGCAGCUGUGCGCCAGCUUUGGUGGACGACGGGGAAGUGGCGGCCCAGCGAGCAGGUGCGGGAGCUCUUUCAGGGGAUUGGAGAUGAGAAAGUAGAGCUUGUUGAGUAUUGGGGACACGAGAGAUAUGGCGAGGAUCAAUUAGCGGCACGGUCUGUUUUUGAUCGGUUCCAGGUGUUUGGGUGGAGAGAUCCUGAGAACGCGUGGAGGGUUGGGAAGGUGUGAUGGUGAGCGACGUCGGGUUUCGCUGUGGACUUGGGAGAAACGUAUCUACUUGGAUGGUGAUUCUAAGAGAUCUAAUUGGGUUCUUUUUCACGGCUGGAAAUCGGCAAUUCGUGGGGGGCAGAAUGUGUUGACUGAGUUUGCUAGAUUGCCGCCAUUAUAUCAUAUCUACUUAAGUAGCUUCUUAAUCCCACUCAACCCCAAACGUCAUCGCUCCCCGAACCCGAAACAUCUACUGGCCAAGGGAAAUCGCCAGUGACACUCCAUCCCAUUGAAAGCGGUAAUAACACAAAGUCUCUCGUCGGCAAUGCACAUCUUUGUUUCUGAUUGCACAGUACUUUGACCCUUUUUUCCACUAGUCCCCCCUUUCGAGGUUGUUGCGCUAGUUGUCGCAAGGCCGCCGCCCUUCGACACUAACAACUUCGUUCCCACUUAGGUAGAUGGAUAUGGCUCCACAGUAUCUCUCGAGCACCGAUUCCAAAAGAGUUUUCCCGUGGGAAACUCGGCACUUGCGUCUUGUUUGCUGCGGUUUUAUGCUUACGUGGGGGUGACUGUGUGAGCGGGAAUGCACAACAAGACUUGGAGUUUGGAAAUGUUCAGCACUACUUUCUCUAUACCAGACAUCUCUCCACGAAAUUGUAACGUGCAGACUCUCCGAAUUGCCGCU